AUGGAAUCUGCUGAACCACUUGUUGAAUUAUUUGAUCUUCUUGCACCUUUUGGUUGCUACUUUAUUCUGGGAGAUUUCAAUGUUAAUCUUCUCGCACCUUUUGGUUGCUACUUUAUUCUGGGAGAUUUCAAUGUUAAUCUUCUCGAGCCAAGUCGCCUAUGUACAGAUUUACUCUCUACCUUUCGUAUUUUCUCCCUCAGCCACAUACCCUUCUCUGCGACUCGUGGUCGCUCCUUGCUUGAUUUGGCGCUACUGCUUGAUGAUUGUCAUCAGUUGCUCCGGUCUUAUGGUCAGCAGGCUCUUCCGGGUGUUUCUGAUCAUGAUUUGAUUGAGUUCUCCUUCAGUAUGCCAAAGGUAGACAAGUCAAACCGUUACCGUUUUAUGAGAGAUCUCAAGCGAGUUGACACUGAUUCCCUACUUCGGGCAGCUGCUGCUAUAGAUUGGCAGUCUGUUAAUCUCUUGCCGUCGGUCAAUGAUCGGGCCGAGUUGCUGAGUGGUCUCUUGGGCUCUUUGUUUGAGUCCCAUGUUUCCUUCAGAAGGGUACUGUUGCGUAAUCCCAGGACCCCUUGGAUGCGUCCAUGCAUUCUGAGGGCGAUUCAGGAUCGCGAUAGGGCCUACAGGGAGUGGAGGAGCUCCGGUCAGUCUUCUCACUGGUCUGCUUUUAAAGUUCUUCGUAACAAAGUGAAAACUUUGAUUCGCGAUGCGAAGUCCAAUUACUAUCACGGUCAGCUGAACCCAUCGCAGGAUCCUGCGGUAUUGUGGCGCAACUUGGGCCGUCUUGGUCUAAAGAGGACUUCACACUCAGCUGAAGCUGAUCCUAAUGCGCUUAAUUCAUUUUUCUGCUCAGCCACUCCGCGUCAAGAUUGCCCUUAUCCUCCUCAUCUUUUUACAGAUACUCCGGUGAUUGAAUUUAAUUUUCAGUGCGUGCUCUCACACGUAGUCCUUUCGGCUAUACAGCGAGUCAAAUCUUCUGCAGUUGGGGUUGAUGGAAUCUCUCUCGAUUUCAUCCGCUUGAUUCUUCCAGUCAUACUUCCAUGUCUGACAGAUCUCGUCAAUUUUGCCAUCACAUCUUCUCCUUUCCCACUUUCUUGGAAAAGAGCUGUGGUGGUUCCCAUCCCUAAAGUUUCUGCGCCCUCCGCUGUUUCUGACUUCAGGCCAAUUACUAUCCUGCCUGCGCUGUCAAAGCCCCUCGAGAUCAUCCUUCUGGAUCAGAUGACUGCACAUCUGGAACGUAACAACCUCCUGUGUGAAUUUCAGUCUGAUUUUCGAAAGAAUCACAGUACUGUCUCGGCUCUCCUUAGAAUCAAUCAUGAUAUUGCUUGGGCUUUGGAUAGAGCCAUGUUUAGCGUUCUGGUCCUUUUGGACUUCUCUAAGGAUUUUGAUAGCAUUUCACACUCCCUUCUCUGUAACAAGCUUCAGGGACUCUUCGGUUUCUCUACGGUGUCCGUCCGUCUUAUACAAUCCUACCUUGCAUCUAGAUCUCAAUUUGUUCUCAGAUAUUGUGGGUACCAUUUGUAUGCACACGAUCUUCAGAUUUACUGCUCUGGCGAUCCAUUAAAUUCAUCUCACGCGUUGGAUGCUGUGAAUGAUGAUUUGGAGAGGAUCUCACACUGGGCCGACAAUAAUGGUCUGGUCCUGAAUGCGAGAAAGUCGCAGGCACUUCUGGUGCACUCAAGAGGAAGAAACCCAAUCUCCUUUCAACUUUUCCUUUCGGAUGAAGAGAUUCCACUCUCCUCCAAGGUGAAAAAUCUAGGUGUCAUAUUUAAUGACACACUGACUUGGUCGGAUCACGUAGCUGAGAUUUGCCGCAAGGUUUUUCUCACUUUGAGAACUUUACGACGAGCACAUGCUGAGGAACACAGUCGUCUGAGACUUGCAUUUAAUUCAUGUCUGCGCUAUGUCUUCGGACUUCGCAAAUAUGAUCAUGUGUCCGCAUAUGGUGAUUCCAUACUCGGUCUUCCACUACCCGGUUAUCUCGAUACCCGUGUGGUGGAUUUCAUUUCCAGGAUUCUUUCGACUGGUAGGCCGCGGUACCUUACGGAGCUUGUGGUUGCUGGAUCAUCUUCCAGGUCUUCGUGUCUCCGUGUGCCUGGUUCAGGGAGUCGUAAAUUUCGCAACUCCAUAUUUGUGGAGGGUGUCAUUCUCUGGAAUGCCUUGCCUAGGGAGCGAAAGAGGGGGCUUAUCUUGAGUCAUGUGGCCUCCAUUCACAACUCGUCCUAA